AUGGCGGCCCAGCUUCCGGCGCCAUAUUGGAUUGGCCUCGGCUGCGGGUCCCGGUCUGCGUGGAAGAGAAAUACCGCUGCAAGACGGGGUGCCUUGCUGCGAUGGAGGUCCACCAUCCUUCCUGCGCUUAGACAUUGUCAGGUAGGACUUGUGAAUGUGAGAGAGUACAGACAUCUCCUGGCUUUUAUUUUUGCUGUGGAUGAGAUUAAUAGAAGAUCGGAUAUUUUGCCUAAUAUUACUCUGGGAUAUCAUGUACAUGAUUCUUGCGGAAAUGUAAAUAAAGCUAUAAGAGGAGUCAUGCAGAUAUUGUCUGGACACAAAAAGACGGUUCCUAAUUAUUCCUGUAUGAAAAAUGGAAAACUAAUUGGUUUUGUUGGAGAUCUACAUUCCAGCACCACUGUCCCAAUGGCAAAAUUUUUACAUGUUUAUGGGUAUAGUCAGAUCAGUUAUGGCGCGACCGAUUCAGUUCUUAGUAACAGACAUUUCUUUCCAAACUUCUUUCGGACUGUUCAAAAUAAUCAAAUGCAAUAUGGCUUAAUGGCAAAAUUAUUACAUCACCUCGGAUGGAAUUGGGUUGGGAUUAUUUCAUCGGAUGAUGACAGAGGAGAAGAAGAACUCCAACAACUGAGCAAACAGUUAGAAAUGCAACAAAUAUGUAUUGAAUUCAAGAUCCGUUUAUCAGUGACGCCCGAAAACGAAACUGAAAGCAGAAUGCCGGCAUCGGACGGGCGCACACAGCAAAGGACACCGCGGGCUCGCAAGGACAAGUUUCCAUGUGGUCGGUGCACUUCGAGUUGCUUACCAGGAUACAGAAAGGUAAAACAAAAAGGACACCAUAUAUGUUGCUAUGACUGUAUUCCGUGUUCAGAAGGAGAGAUGUCUGAUGUGACAGACAGUGAAAAUUGUCACAAAUGUCCUGAAAAGGAAUGGCCUAAUGAGAUGAAAGACAAGUGUGUUGCUAAAACAACGGAAUUUCUUUCCCUGGAAAAAGACAUUUCAGCUGUAACAUUUUCAGUCAUAUCCGUGUUGUUUGCUGUCAUAGCUGACGUUAUUCUUGGAGUUUUUAUAGCGUUUCGAGACACGCCAAUUGUCAGAGCUAACAAUCGGAACCUCAGUUUAAUUCUUCUUAUUUCUAUCAAGCUCAGUUUACUUUCUAUCUUCUUAUUCCUUGGUCAUCCAGUAGACAUCACUUGCAUGCUUAGACAAGUCACCUUCGGAAUUACUUAUACUGUUUGCAUUUCUUCUGUCCUGGCCAAGACUAUUAUGGUUUGCAUCUCUUUCAAAGCUACCAGACCUGGCAGUACCUGGAGAAAAUGGCUAGGGAUCAAACUGGCAAACCGUGUGCUACUGAUGUGUUCCACGGUUCAAGUGCAGAUUAGUAUUGUAUGGUUGUCGGUCUCACCCCCAUUUCAGGAGCUUGAUGUGAACUCUUAUCCUGGGAAAAUCAUCAUUCAGUGUAAUGAAGGUUCCGUUUUAGCCUUUUAUUUGAUGUUGGCUUAUAUGGGAUUUCUGUCAGCUUUGAGUUUUGUACUUGCUUUCAUGGUGAGGACAUUGCCGGAUGUCUUCAAUGAGGCCAAAUACAUCACCUUCAGCCUGCUGGUGUUCUGCUGUAUUUGGACUUGUGCCAUUGCAGUUUACCUGAGUAGUAAAGGGAAGCAGAUGGUCAUUGUAGAGAUUUUUGCUAUACUGACUUCUAGCAUUUCAAUAUUAUGCUGUAUCUUUUUUCCUAAGUGCUAUGUUAUAUUAAUGAAACCUAAACUGAACAUCAGAAAACAAGUGAUGACAAAUCGUUCAAUAAAAGCAGAGCCUAUAAAACCAUAG